AUGUCGACAAAAUCAGCAAAUUCUACAGCCGUCAAUUCAUUUAAUGCAAACCACUCCAACUAUGACGUUUUUAGACCUUCAUUCACGCCGGUUUUAGUUAACCCAUUUUUAACCCAUCUUGGGCUAGCUACCAAAAACCCAGAUGGUACCUUUACGUUUGACACUUCUAAGUACGUUCUUGAAAUUGCUGCUGGUACUGGAAAAUUCACCCGAAACUUGGUAAAUAAUGGUUGGACGGAUAACUUGGCGGUAUUGGAACCAAGUAAAGGAAUGUUGGAGACAUUUAAUAAAAAUUUCCCUCAAAUUAAAAAUCAAAUUCUUGGAUCAUCAUACAAGAUUCCCCUUGAAGAUAAUUCAGUGGAUGCUGUCAUAAUUGCUCAAGGCUUCCAUUGGUUUGCUGAUUUGGAUAGUUUGAAAGAAAUACAUAGAGUGUUAAAACCACAAGGGAAAUUAGGAUUGAUUUGGAAUUUUGAUUAUGCUAGUCCAAGUCAAGAUUCAAGUGUUGCUGAUUCUGAAUACUACAAUUCCGGAACCAAAUACUAUAACACUUUAAAUUUUGAUGUCGAUACUAAUGAAAAAGUGUUUGAACAAUAUUUUGAUAAUCAACAAUGGAACAAAGUUGCAACACAAUUUAUUUAUGGUUUUGAUGUUAAUGUGCCACAAUAUCGACACGGGAAAUGGAGAGAAGUUUUAAAGGAUAAUCCAUAUUUCAAAUCUAAAGAAACAAAUUUGUUUGCAUUGUACGAUCUGAUUGUUGCCAAGAAUGAUGCUUGGAAAUAUUGGGAGACAAGAUCUUAUAUCACUGAAAAAUCGGAUAAUGAAAAGCAAAAAAUUAGACAAAAAUUUAAUGAGUUGGUGGAACAGAACCUUGAAGACUCAAGCUAUUCUGAUAAAGAUAAACAAUUGAUAAUUAAACCAAUGGCAACUCAUGCCGUUGUAUUACAAAAAACCCCUUAA